CAUGUCUUACAUGCUCCCACAUUUACAUAAUGGCUGGCAAGUUGACCAGGCCAUUUUGGCAGAGGAGGAUCGCGUGGUUCUUAUACGUUUUGGUCAUGACUGGGAUCCUUCGUGUAUGCGUAUGGAUGAGGUUCCUGACUUCAACAAAAUGUAUGAGCUUUAUGACCCUGUUACUGUGAUGUUUUUCUUCAGAAAUAAGCACAUCAUGGUUGAUUUGGGCACUGGAAAUAACAAUAAGAUCAACUGGCCUAUGCAUGAUGGUCAAGAACUCAUUGAUAUUAUCGAAACUGUUUACCGAGGUGCUCGAAAAGGAAGAGGUUUGGUGAUUUCACCAAAGGACUAUUCUACCAAGUAUAAGUACUAA